AUGGAAAGACCCUACGACAGCAGAAAACUAUCAAGCGCUGGAGACAUCGUCACCAUCAAUAUUACCCGGAGCGUUCGCCCCUGCCCCCCCCAUCUUUCGACUGAUCCAAAUCCACAUCUUCAGUCUAUCAACGGCCAUGCAUUUCACCUCCCUCGUCCCGGCAGCGUCGUGGAAUAUCGAGGGUACGGAUUUGCGACCACCCCUGCCACUUCGCGUCGAUAUAGCAGAGAGCCAUCCCCCGAGUGCAACCUCACGAUCAUCAUGGAAGAUCCGCCCAAUUCAAAGUCUUACCGCGAGAAGCUGAUACGAACUGACGAGGAACGAGCGCAGCAGAAGGAAGACGGUCGACGCUUGAAAGAAAUCGGAGGGGCAUGUAUUGCAUGUUACCAGAGCAAGAAGAAAUGUGGACUGGGUAAUCCUUGCCCACUGUGUAAACGAAGUGGCAAAGAGUGCGUCCGAAAAUACCCUGGCAGCUCUAGUCCCUCUCCGAGUCGAUCCGGCAGUGCGCAACCAUCUACGCCUGAGUCUUUUGGUGAAGGUUGUUCUCACCUGAAACUGCCUAGCAAAGACAACCCGGCGGACCUCCCGUUCUUUCCAGUUCCUCUAGACAAUCUAUCCACCAUGGAUCCGAGUAUCCCCUCGGUACAGUGGGGGCAAUGGAUGACCUCGAAUGAUGAUCUUGGCAGAAUUUCUCCUCUUGGCUUCACCCUUGACGGCGCUUUUGAAGAGAACGACUUCGGUGACUACUCUCCCCAGUUCGAGCAAUUAUUUAGAGCCACCUACGACGCUUGA